GAUCCACUGAGCUAUGAGGAUGUGCAUGUGAACUUCAGUCAUGAAGAGUGGGCUUUGCUGGAUCCUUCCCAGAAGAGUCUCUACAGAGAUGUGAUGCUGGAAACCUGCAGGAACCUCACUGCUAUAGGCUAUAAAUGGGAAGACUGCAAUAUUGAAGACCAUUGUCAAUGUUCUGGAAGACAUGAAAGGUAUAUCAUCUGUCACUCUGGAUACAAGCCCUGUGAGGGUAAGCGAUAUAAAAAGAAGCAGUGUACCCCUGUCUCUCCCAGGACAAUUAAACGAUAUGUAGUCAUCCCCACUAUGAGAAGACAUGAUGACUGUGAUGCAAAUUUACAAUUAACUGGUUUUCCAACUUCCAUGGCAGUGCAUCAACAAACUCACACUGGAGAGAAACCUCGUGAGUACAAGGAAUGCAGAAAUUCAUCUGUCUAUACUGGUUCACUUUGCACCUGUCAUGAUGUGAAAAAAUUCUGGUGGGAAAAGGAAGAGAUAACUGUGAGCCAUGCACUGAAGGCCCUAACCGUCCCCAGUGUCAUCACACACACAAAAGAACCAACAGUGAAGAGGAUCCCUAUGGACGUAACCAACAUGAUAAAGUUUGGGUCUGAUUCAUCUUUAAAAUUACAGAAAAGAACUCAUUUGGAAAUACAACUUUAUGAAGAUAAUCAAAGUGAUAACGCCUUUGCAACCCAUAGUCUUUAUCAAGUCCCUAGAUCGCAUACUAAAGAGAAAAGCUAUGGAUAUGAUCAAUGUGGUAAAACCUUUGUCUGUCCCAUUUGUCUUCAAAUACAUGAAAGAAUUAAUUUUGAGAAACCCUUUGAAUGUAAUCAAUGUAGUAAAGCUUUUGCAUAUAAAAGUCAUCUUCACAGGCAUGAAAAGAUUCAUACUGGAGAGAAACCCUAUGGAUGUAAUCACUGUGGUAAAACUUUUGCAUGUAACAGUUAUCUUCAAAUGCAUGAAAGAAGUCAUACUGGAGAGAAACCGUAUGAAUGUCAUCAAUGUGGUAAAGCCUUUUCACGUAACAGUCAUCUUCAACGGCAUGAAAGAAGUCAUACUGGAGAGAAACCAUAUGGGUGUAAUAAAUGUGGUAAAGCUUUUGGGUGCAACAGUAAUCUUCAAAGGCAUGAAAGAAGUCAUACUGGAGAGAAACCCAAUGGACAUAAACAAUGUGGUAAAGCCUUUGUACAGAAGAGUAAUCUUCAUAGUCAUGAAAGAAGUCUUACCGGACAAAAGCCCUGUGAAUAUAAUCAAAGUGGUAAAGCGUUUGCACAGAAUAGUCAUCUUUUCCAUCAUGAAAUAAACUGUACUCGAGAAAAAUCCUAUGGAUGUAGUCUAUGUGGUAAAGCCUUUGGACGUAACAGUAAUCUUCAAAGGCAUGAAAGAAGUCAUACUGGAUAGAAACCUUAUGAAUGUCAUCAAUGUGGCAAAGCAUUUUCACAGAACAGUCAUCUUCAAUGGCAUGAAAGAAGUCAUACUGGAGAAUGCAAUCAAUGUUUUAAAGCUUUUGCAUGCAAAAGUGACCUUCACAGGCAUGAAAGAAGACAUACUGGAGAGAAACACUAUGGAUGUAAGCAAUGUGGUAAGGUCUUUUUACAGAAUAGUCAUCUUCAUAGGCAUGAAAGAAGUCAUACUGUACAAAAAGCUUAUGAAUGUAAUCAGUGUGAUAAAGCCUUCACAUGUUGUAGCAACUUUCAAAAGCAUGAUAGAACUCACAUUGGUAAAAAGCAUGAACCUAAUGUGUGAGGUAAAGCCUUGCAUUCCACAUACAUUUUUCCCAUUGAGCUAUCUCUUUGGGGCUUGAGGAAGAUUAGUAGAAA